AUGUUGAGGGUUUGGGAAAAUGUUUACUCACUCGGGGUGUUGUCAUCCUUCCAACUUGUGGAUGCUUUAAAGAAGAUGGAGGAAAAUGAUAUGAUAUGCCUCGAUAUCUCCGCCCAGAACGCCGGAUUUUUUUUGAAGAAAAAGCGCAUCGGUGUUGUUGUUGGUUGCUACGAGGUUUCUGCAACGAAUUCAGCUGUCAUGGAGGCCGUUGCCCUUCGAAGAACCUUUCCGUCUCGCGUUAUAGCCCUUCCCCUCGAUUUACUUCAAAAUGAUAGCUUUCUGUCUCAGUUCACGAUUGCUUUAAGACAAUUGGACUCUGAAAAGGUGGACGCUGCAAUGGCAAAGACGAAACGCGCUACAGCUAAAGUUGUCGAAGAACGCGAUACCGCAAAUCCUUUUCUCGUGACAGAGCUUAUAAUGGGGGUUCUGAGUGCGCAUGGAUUUCCAACUAUUUUUCGAAGUAUUGAGAAACGAGUUCGUGAUGAUGUUUGUUGGCACCAGAGUAAGCUUCCAUGGAGAAGGUCACCACUUUGGACUACGAUUCGAGUCUCUAUCCAGCUAUAUCUUAACGACGCUGAGCUACCGAAUGGCGAACUUGAGUACAAAAAUUUUGUCUUGUUUUUAGUUUUGGCUAUUGCUGCUUCUGCACUAGACCGAUACAGUUCUUCGGACAUGUUAUUCGUCCUCAACGCGAAAAUGGCUCACCGUGUAGCGAAGCUAGGCCGUUCCAACUUUGAUUUCCUUCACGCACGCGUUGCGGAGAUGAUGGCAAGGGUUAGAAAUUAUCUGGAAGCCCGUUGGAACUGGAUGCAAACAUAUCAUGCGGUCCGACUGAACAAACUCUCUUUGUCGAACAUCUCAAGGGAUACUAGUUUGUGUCUCUACAAUAGCCGCGACUACCUUCGCGAGGUUAGGACAUUACCUCCCAGUCAUGCAACAAUGCCGGAUCCUCCAACUCCUAAACGAUUCAGCCCGCCACCAGAUAUACUCCCAAGCUCUGAAUUCCUUUGCAGCUUGUCAUCUCAGGAUGUACAUGGUCUUGCAGAUUUUGAGGCUUGGGUUCAGCAUCGGUUACCAGUUUGGCUGAGCAAGAGUAAAAACUGGGAAUCCAAGAUUGGGCAGAUAGGAGAGCUAGUGGCUUUGUAUAAUGUCAAGGCCGAUGCCAUUUAUGGGUCAAUCGCCGAACACCUGUCAAUUAAAUUCUUAACCAUCGUAGAGCUAUGGUGUGCUCUGGAUCGGUUAACAUGUCGAAAAUACCCUCUAUUACUGGAAUACCCACCCGAUAUUCCAAUUGAUUUCCUUACACCGCUUUUGUUACCGAAGAGAUCGGAUAUGCGUCGCCUUGAAGACAUCGAACAAUAUAUUCAAAUGCGAUACGAAGAUGCUAAAUGGAAAAUGAGUGCUUUCUUUUCCCCGAUCUCCUCAAAUUCAUUCGCUGUCCGAUUCUAUGAUGAACACAGAGGGCCCCAAAGAUUAAGAGCAAAAAUUGAGGGAGAGGCUGCAAAAGCAAGGGAGCAGAAACGACGUGAAUGGCGGCAGAAAAUGGACAGAUAUUUAGUAUGCGUUAAACAAGAAAAUACUCUUAAGCAUGCUGAUAGUCCGGGUCCAAAAGGGGAACCCCUACAUAUACCCCAUCGUUGCCGUAAAUGCGUAUUACUGAAAGAAAUGAAAUCGCUCAAAAUUGAGAAGCAUGAAUGGCCAUUACCAUCGGAUGAUGUUUCCCUAAAGGCAGUGGUGUCCGAGUUGCUGUGCCCUAGCGAGAUUAGCAUGUGGCGGGAUACGACCUGGAUGAUCCUACAGGACUUGGGGAGAAAGCAUUGCCAGCCCUCGGAGAAGCCGGUGUAUUCGUUGACAUUGGCCAACUGCAAGACCUUUCACAAUUAUCUUGCCGUCCGGAAAGCAGCGCGCAUCACUCUGGCAUCAAAUACUAAACCCUUCUAUGUUACCCAUUAUCGGUCGAGCAACUUCCCAGUUGCAGUGGAUGACGUGUUUGUGAAAUCGAGCCUAUCCUUCAGGUACUUCGAUAGCUCGAAGAAACUCUGGGUGUCGGCGCAAAAAGCGCCUCCAAGCGUACACCGCGACUGCAUUACGGAUCUUCCUCCGGGACCAUACUUGGACUCAAAACUGCAAGAGGCCGUAAAUGCCACCAGCCAUACCCCAAAUCAAGUUAUCUCAAGGUUGUUUGAUUGCUCAUCAGAGUUGAGUGCAGAUGAAUUCCUAGCGUUUGGUCUUCUUCGCUCUGGAAUACAUCUACAAUGGAUGAAUAUCUUGCGCGAACUCGGGUCGGGUGGCAUUCAGCUCAACUCCCGGGCGGUUGACAUUUUAAUCUGUCAGGCAGCCUGGCAAGUCGGACCUCCCCUUGACCAAACCGAUUUACGAGCAGCGCACAACACGUUCACAGACAGCGCGUUUUGCAGGUGCCUGCUCGUAGUAUUGGAGAGCUGCUAUCGCCAAGUCGAAAGCAACUGGUCAGAACUGAAUGCCAUUCGAGUGAUCGUGCACGUUCUCCUGCGUUUACUAUCCUUGUCCUCAAGCAAGCCCAUAAUCGCACGUGGCCUGGCACUUCUGGGCAGGAUACGUUUCACUCUCUUUGCUUGGGCCAAAAAACUUCGCAACCUUGAUGCAGAAACGCCGAAUACUGAGAAGCGGCAGAUCACCACGGCCGUCGCACUUUUGAUCCAAGAAACUUUCAAUGUCGAAGACAACUUAAUUAAUGUUGUUCUUGAAGAGCCUGAAAGCCUCACGAUUUUUGUCGCCUGUGCUGUCAUACUUAGUGAAUUUUCAUUUGAAUGCCAACAAGAAGAUAUUGAUACCCGGAAUGAGAGCUCUUGUGUCGACUGGCUGCGUUAUCAAAAGUUAUGUCACUCUUUAGAGCCCAAAAUUAUUCUGCUAGCAAGACAGCGCCCACUCGACGUAUCGAAUGGCAUCCGAAUCAAAUGGGAGAAAGGUUCAUCUGUCCAGAGCUGGAAGAAACAUGGCAGUUAUUGCUGGAUUCGCGGGAAGUCUGGAGGAACCAAUCCACAAACCGUCGACUUCAACUGUUUAUCAGGGGAGCUGCUGAUAGAUGGGCGGCCGAUUCAGAAGCUACCGGAAACCUAUACGGAUCAUCCACUUUAUAAACGCGUUUUUGGUUUGCAGUCUUUCAACACUGCUGUUUCUGACAUUCCCUCGCUGGAGUAUAUGACCACUGGUGGAGUGCGAAGACGUCUCUACUUUGCUAUGAGCCAGGAAGACCUCAUCAUUAGAACUUUUGAUGGAAAAGAUUAUUUUGAAGUAAUUUCUCCGGAUAAACUUUCUGGGGAUUUUCCUGCAUCUUUACUGGACCAGUUCAUCCACUGGCGAAAUCUAACCACUCUGGAAGUCACAUUUUGUCCCUUAGAAGCUCUACGGGAGCCUUGGUUAGACUGUUGGAAGUUGUCACAUUCUUCGGGCACAUCAGUGUUGAGAAGGGAAUCGAGAUAUCUCAUAGAACGCGACUCUAUCACCUUCAAGUGUGUCGCUCCUAUUUUCGAACCUCUUGAAUCGCCGGAAUACCUUGAAGUCACAUACUGCGAAAGCGGGACGCUAGAGGUCAAUAUUCCCCGGUAUCAGUUGCGAUUUUUCCUGAACGCCGACGGCCAAUUUGAAUGUUCCGAACUCCUGGCAAUUGUCGACACAGACCAAACCCUAGGAACCUUGAUAGGAUUAAAGAAUAAACUCGUGCUACGUGAUACACAAGGCCAAAGGCGCCGAAUACUAAUUCCUUACGGGAAUGUCAGAGCUUCGCUGCUGGCAGAUCAUGUCCUUGUUACCGUGGAUACCGACGGCGAAUCUCAAGUCAGAUACUUUCAAUAUGAAGCUGAUCCAUACCUGCGUCAACUACGUGGCAUGGGGGACUUAGUAUCCACCCUUUAUAAAUCCUACCUGCAUGCACUGACAACGUUUGUUCUUCCGGAUCCAUUUACCGGAGUUACUGGAACAGAGGAAUGUUUGACGGGAUUACAACAAUCCUGUUCCGUGGCCUGCGAAACUCUUGACCCCAAAGCCAUUUCGUUACUGAAUCUAAUAUCAAAACUCACGCCAAGACGGGUGUACUACCCUAUACAUCUUCGAUGCAUGGAGGAUGUAAGGUGGGAAAGUGACAUCCCGCUGUGGACCCAAAACGAUAUUUAUGCCGCCCUUUGCGAUUCCUUGAUUUCGUAUAACAAUAAAUUUCGGGAUCUCUAUGACAGCUCGGAAGUUAUCCAGCUCAAAUCACGGGGUGAUACCCAUUUGCUAGUAAGGUCAAGGAUGCGGAAUCAUUAUCUAGAGCGACCAGAGUUUUUAGGAGGAGAUUUGGACAAAAGAAUUUUGACCGCGCAUUACAACUCAAGGGACCAUGGUGAUGUUCAUUAUGAAACAGCUUGUUGGGUGGCAUCUUUGUUCAAAACCUGGCCAGAUCGGUUUGCUACACCAGACUUAUACAAGUCCGUUAAGGCUUUCGAUACUAUCGCUUUUGGGACCCCUUUCGGAAUCAGGUCUUACACUGAACUGCUCUCUUUACCGCUGAACUCCCUUUGGGGCUCCCUUUUCGAAAUCUGUCUACGUUCCGCAAAAAAGGAUUCGAUGUACCUCACCUUUUUAUUCGCCGCUUUGAUGAUCGGCCAGCCAGACAAGCAAAAGCAAUGGAAGACUCUGAUCGGAUGUGCGCUCCUCAUCGACCCAAUGGUCCUACCGGCACCUCCGCCCGGAGUGUUCGAACCCUCUCAUACGCGUAGAAAAGCCCUCAAGGAAGUGAGGGCCAGGAUCCGGGAAUGUGUCCUUCCUUCGGCCGAUCUUGCAAAGAACCGUCAAGAUUUGUCGCAGGUGCCUCUCGAGGCUCAACAAGAUCUGGUCUUCCAUUGCAUCGAGGAAACCUGGGAGUCUGGCGACUUGCGCCUCCCCGACGAGCACUUAGUCCCAUCAAUAAAUAUCCCACGUCUUUCUGCUCGACUCGUGGAGCCAUAUGAAUCGUGGCAUAGAACGCUCGCUAUGCGUAAGUAUUUAUUGAGCGUAGAGAUCAUUCUGAACCAGAAAAAUGGACCUGACUUUGUGUACGUCGCAUGCGGAAAUAUCAACACAAGUGGAAAUGGAUGGCCUGCUUCUACACCUGUGCACAUUCGAAGCAGGCUAUAUAGCCGGUACAGUAUCUCAGAUAUCUUUGUGCGUAGCCAGCCUAAACCAAAUAUCGAGGUUCCCAUUUCGCCGAUCCAAUAUCGCGCUCAGUCUAUUCUACGUACCCAACCUGCGACUGAGAAACUCCAGGAGGCUCUCACCAGUUUGCUACUCGGGAACGAAACGAGACGCCUCUAUGGCACCAAGUUACUUUCCAGCUUCGAGAAUCUUUGGUCAAGUCAUGAACGUCAAAAAGAGAUUGAAUCAAUAGACAAAGAGGGUCUAUUUGAACUUUUAAACCUUUGCCUGCAAAAUGCGAGAAGCUCUUUUCAAGCGCUCGUCGAAAAGCUCUAUGCAAGCGAUUUUGUUGGUCAUUGCCUCCAAAAGGCUGACCUGUAUCCUCGAAUCACACCGCGCUCUCUUUUAGGCCAGCUGUCUUCAUCAAGGUCAGUCGCUCCUAGUGCUUGGAAAGAGGCAAUUAUUGGGUAUGGGAUUUGCCUCACAAGGCUUCAGCGAGUCCAUCGGCUUUUCCGCUAUGCUAGUGUCACGGACUACGUUUCUUUCAAGCGUGAGAUGGACAAUUCCGGUAUAGAUGCCCAGUUAUACCGUCUACAUCCUGACUGGCUUCUGAUGGAAAUCGAAAAUAAUUUCCACAUCCGGCCUGGUCAAGCGACGAUCGCGCAACAGAUGAUUGAGCCCUCUUCUGGCAGCAAUUCUUUGCUGCAAUUUAAUAUGGGCGAGGGAAAGUCAUCGGUUGUAAUCCCGAUGGUAGCAUCCUCGCUUGCAAAUGGCAACAGAUUGGUCAGAGUUGUUGUAUUGAAACCACUGGCGAAGCAAAUGCUUCAAAUUUUAUUCAGCCGCUUUAGUGGUAUGCUAAAUCGGCCAAUUUACCAUAUGCCGGUUUCCAGGAAGAUGGAAGCGACCCCAGACAGGGUGAAUCGGCUAUUUUCCUUGUUCUGGGAUUGCAGGGUCACUGGAGGAAUCCUUUUAUGCCAGCCAGAACAUAUUCUCUCCUUAAAACUAAUCGGCUUUGAUAAACUCUGCAGUGGUGAACUGACAUUGGGGAAAAGUUUGAUUUCAGGUUAUGGAUGGCUUCGCCAACAUGCCCGAGACAUCCUAGACGAAAGCGACGAGAUUCUAAGUACGAAUUUCGAGUUAGUGUAUACCGUCGGUACGCAGCAAAUGGUGGAUGGAGGCGCCCUGCGAUGGAAGCUGGUACAAUCGGUCCUUGAUCUUCUCAAAAGGCAUGCUUACACCUUGCACCGGUCGUCGCCGAUGUCGAUUGAGUAUCAAGCAGGGAGAAAAGAGGCUUUUCCGAGGAUUCGGAUUCUUGAUGACCUCGCAGGCCGGGAGCUAAUUUCCUUGGUAGUUGCGGACAUCAUGAGCGGAGCUCAAAAAGAAAUCUCUUUUCACCGUUUCUCGGAUGCUGACCGUUCUGCUGUGCUUGAAUUUAUCACAAAGAUAAAUUGCGACACGGAUAUACAAAACCGGAUUCAACAAUUAUUUGGUGAUACUAGCCAUUAUCCCUCGCUUCUUCUUUUACGUGGGCUCCUUGCGUUUAAGAUCAUCCAGUUGAUCUUGCAAGAAAAAAGAUGGCUUGUCAAUUACGGGCUGGACCUCAGUAGAACACUCAUGGCCGUCCCUUUCCGUGCAAAAGGAGUACCUUCCCAUAGUUCGGAGUUUGCUCACCCGGACGUGGCGAUUAUUCUCACUUGCUUGAGUUAUUACUACACCGGUUUGACAGAUGCUCAGGUUAUGGAGGCCUUCAAAUUCCUCAAAGCUGAAAGCGAUCCUUCCCUCGAGUAUCAUAGAUGGCAAGCAGACACCGAAAUGGGAGACGAGUUGCGAAGCCUAGGCGCCGUCAACCUGAAGGACUUGGAGCUAUGCACUCGGGAUCUUUUUCCUCAUCUCCGCUAUAACAAACGUGUUAUAGAUUUCUUUCUCUCGAAAACCGUGUUUCCAAAGGAGGCCGUGGAAUUUCCUUACAAGUUAUCAACGUCGGCCUGGGAUAUUCCUGAUGAUACCCAGAUGGUUACGACUGGUUUCAGUGGUACCAGUGAUAAUUCAUUUCUUCUUCCUCUGUCCAUUAAGCAGGAAGAUCUGUCGGAGUUCAAGCAUAUAAAUGCGCUAGUACUACAGACGCUCCUGCUCCCCGAGAAUAACUUAUGUCUCCUAGCAGCGGACAGCGAAGGCAAAGCCUUAUCAGCUGAGAGCCUUCUUGCUCUCAUCGCAAAACAAGAACCCAAAAUUCGUGUACUAAUCGAUGUCGGAGCUCAGGUACUAGAACUUGAAAAUCAUGUCGUGGCGCAAUCAUGGCUUGCGUUGACACCGGACGCAUGCGGAGCAAUCUUUUUCAAUGACAACGAUGAACUAAUGGUGAUAGAUCGAGCGGGCACCGUUGAGAGCUUGAUAUUAUCCAGAUAUAGAGAGCGGCCGGGCGAGUGCUGCGUCUAUCUAGACGAAGCCCAUACUAGGGGAACCGACCUUCAGUUACCCAGCUUUUACCGCGCUGCUGUUACUCUUGGACCCCACUUAACGAAAGAUCGGUUUGCGCAAGCUUGCAUGAGAUUAAGAAAACUCGGGAAUGGCCAGUCAUUUGUUUGUUUCGCUCCACCCGAGAUUUAUCGCAAAAUACAAAGCCUGGCUAAAAAGGAGAAUGACGAGAUUCUCGAUACCGAAGACGUCUUGCGAUGGACAUUAGAAGAAUCAUGCCAGGCAAUCGAGCGGCUUCAACCACUCUACAUCCAGAGAGGUUUAAACCACUCCCAACGUCGGCUUGCCCAACAUGAAUUUCUUUCUAACCAACCUAUCGACGAUGCCAUUUAUCAUACAGUAUCGCGAAAAGCUUUUUUGGACCGCAUCAGAGAACGCGAGGCAAAGUCUUUAGCAUCAAUGUAUUUGAGUAAAGGUAUCAAAGACCGCCAACGUCCGGAGUUUUCAGAACAAGAAAUCGAAAAAGAUCCAGUCCUCUCGGAGUUGGUGAACAUUUCGAACAACCAUAUCGAUCAAACCGUUUGCGUGUCAAGACUUUACGAAGCGCACGAGAGGGAGACGGUGUGUGAAAUGGAACAGCAAACGGAAUAUCAAAGGCCGCCGUUAGCGCCGCCGAUGAAGCAUGAAAUGACUCCAGGACUGCUAGAAUUCGUGAGAUCUGGGUCGGAGCUACGUGGACCUUUUAUUCGAGCAUUCGAGAGCCUCGCUCAUCUCACUUUGGAUGACUGUUUUCGCAAAUUCGGGAUGGACUCGGAACUCUAUGUGACGCGCGACUUCACUCAAACCGUGCUAAUGCUUGCGGGAGCUCAAAAUGAUCUCUACCUCCGCCCGGUGCACUGGAUUUUGUCGAGUAAUAUCCCCAAGGAAAAAAAAUUGGUUAUUAUCAGUCCAUUUGAAGCCAACAAGAUUUUGGCAGGCAAGAAUAUAGGCAACGUGAAGUUGCAUAUUUUCGCUCCUAGGAUAACGAAAUCAAUGCGUUCUUUCGAUGAUCUUGACUUCUAUAACAUCCCGUCGGAGCCACAGAGAAAAGUCUCGCCACAAGAGCUCCGACUUCUUCGAUUAUUCGCUGGACAGCUGUAUCUUUCAUCGGCAGAGGAGUACCAAGAGCUUUGCCAGUUCCUGGGGGUUUGGUCUGGGUUGGACACCCGGCCGUCCCAUCAAGAUACUAAAAUUACGGUUGAUGGGUAUGUGAGCCCUUCGUCUAGAGCGGAAAUGGGGUGGAAGAACUGCCCAUUCGUGCACAACCCACUACCGUACAUCAAUGCACUUCUUGGAGCUAGAAGGCGUGGUCAAGAUUUCUCAAAGUCUCAUAUGGGUCAAAUUGUUCAGGGGUUGCUGCUCCAAAGGGAGGACUUUAUCGAUUUGAAAGAGUGA